AUGCAGAGAGCUAGUCCUCAUACUUCAAGUGUGAAGAGAGAAAUGGCCGGUGACAGGGUCCAUGCUGCUUUACCUGACCCCCCCAGUCAAAGCGAAGACGACAACAAAGAAGAGGAGAAAGCUUUUGGGAAUAUUUUUGCAGAGUUAGAGUCUGUGGACCUUCCACUAGGAACCACCUUAAGGUCUAUUUACGAUGACCAGCCCAACGCCCACAAGCGCUUCAUGGAAAAACUGGAUGCCAGGAUAAGGAACCAUGACCGCGAGAUUGAGAAGAUGUGCAAUUUCCAUCACCAAGGCUUUGUGGACGCCAUCACAGAACUUCUCAAAGUGCGCACUGAUGCAGAGAAGCUGAUGGGCCAAGUGACGGACACUAAUCGACGACUACAAGAAGCUGGAAGGGAGGUGACGGCUCAGACAGAGGAGGUGAUUUGCUGCCGCAUCCAGCAGAGGAACAUGGCCACUACUGUGGAGAAGCUCCAGCUCUGUAUACCAGUGCUAGAAAUGUACAGCAAACUAAAGGAGCAGCUGGAAUCCAAAAGAUACUAUGCUGCGCUGAAAACCAUGGAGCAGCUGGAGAAGGUCUACAUCCCCAGGGUCAGUCAGUACAGGUUCUGUCAGAUCAUGGCCGAAAACCUACCCAGACUGCGGGAGGAAAUCAAGGACAUCUCCAUGUCCGACCUCAAGGACUUCCUGGAGAGCAUCAGAAAACACUCCGACAAGGUUGGAGAGACGGCCAUGAGACAGGCGCAGCAGCACAGGACCUUCCACAGCGCUGUAACAAAGCAGGCCAGUAUGGGCCACUACACCAAGCCUGUGUACUCCCUCAACGGACGAACACACACUCACAAUGGCCUGAUGAUGGACGACGACACAGGAGACGAGGAGGAAGCAGAUGAAGAGGUUCUUACAGCGCAGGACCUGGUGGACUUCUCACCUGUCUACAGAUGUUUACACAUUUACACUGUGCUGGGUGACCGAGAAACAUUUGAGAACUACUACAGGAAACAGAGGAAAAAACAGGCCAGGCUAGUCCUGCAGCCACAGGCUAACAUGUAUGAGACCGUGGAAGGCUACAGAAGAUACUUCAAUCAGAUCGUGGGGUUCUUUGUUGUGGAGGAUCAUAUCCUCCAUGCCACACGGGGGCUGGUGACCAGAGCUUUCACCGAUGAACUGUGGAACAUGGCCCUGUCCAAGAUCAUCGCUGUGCUCCGCACACACUCUUCUUACUGUGAUGACCCAGACUUGGUCUUGGAGCUGAAGAACCUCAUCGUCAUCUUCGCUGACACACUACAGGAUUAUGGUUUCCCAGUGAACCGGCUGUUUGACCUGCUUUUCGAGGUCAGAGACCAGUACAAUGAAACGUUGCUGAAGAAGUGGGCUCUGGUUUUCAGGGAGAUCUUUGAGCUGGAUAACUACAGUCCCAUACCAGUGGAAACAGAGGAAGAGUAUAAACUGGUCGUCAGUCGCUUUCCCUUCCACGACGCUGAGAUAGAGAAGCAGGACUUUCCUAAGAAGCUGCCAAUGUCCCAGUCUGUCCCUCAGAUUUACACACAGGUCAAAGAGUUCAUUUACGCCAGCCUCAAGUUCUCAGAGUCACUACACCGCAGUUCAACCGAGAUCGAUGACAUGUUGCGAAAAUCAACCAACCUGCUGCUGACAAGAACGCUCAGCAGCUGUCUGCAAAACCUCAUCAAGAAACCCCACAUUGGACUGACCGAGCUAGUGCAGAUCAUCAUUAACACCACCCACCUGGAGCAGGCCUGCAGGUACCUGGAGGAGUUCAUAACAAACAUCACCAAUGUCUCCCCCGAAACAGUGCACACCACCAGGCUCUAUGGCUUGUCCACAUUCAAGGACGCUCGUCACGCUGCAGAGGGAGAGAUUUAUACCAAACUCAACCAGAAGAUAGACGAGUUUAUCCAGCUGGCAGACUAUGAAUGGGGCAUGGCUGAGUCAGACGGCCGCGCCUCUGGAUACCUCAUGGACCUGAUCAACUUCCUGCGUUCCACCUUCCAGGUCUUCACACACCUCCCGAAUAACAACAAUGACCAUGCGUCGAUGUCGGGUAAAGUGGCUCAGACAGCUUGUAUGUCGGCCUGUAAACAUCUGUCCACAUCACUGAUGCAAAUGCUGCUGGACACAGAACUCAAGCAGAUCAGUAUGGGGGCCAUUCAGCAGUUCAACUUAGAUGUCAUUCAGUGUGAAUUGUUUGCCAGCUCAGAGCCCGUCCCUGGUUUCCAAGGAGACACUCUCCAACUGGCCUUCAUCGACCUGCGACAGCUCCUGGACCUCUUCAUGGUGUGGGACUGGUCAACCUAUCUGGCCGAUUAUGGCCAGCCAACCUCCAAGUACCUGAGAGUGAAUCCAGCAACUGCCCUGGCUCUGCUGGAGAAAGUCUACAGAGGGAUGAAGGACACCAGUAAGAAGAACAACAUCUUCUCUCAGUUCAGGAAGAACGACAGAGACAAACAGAAGCUGAUAGAGACUGUGGUCAAACAGCUGAGGAGCCUGGUCAACGGCAUGUCCUCGUAAACACCCCCCCCCCCCAUACACACCUCCACACACACACACACACACGGGAGAGAUGUGAGUGUCACAAAGAGAUGUAAUGAAUGAAACAUGCAUGCAGUCACACACACAGACACACACUGAGCUGCUGAGACACUCACAGAAGAAGGACAUGUAUUUUCACAUAUGGAAUGAAGUGAUCGCACAUGACAUGACAGUGACAUACAGAAGAAGAAGAAGAAGAACCACAUGGGGAAUUUACACACACACACACACAGACACACAACAGGUACACAUAAGCGGCUUUUCACACAUGCACGGCAACCCUGAGUAGCUGUCUGUGAGAAUGCUAAUAUCCAAUAUCGUUCGCUGCAUGUGUGAAAGAGCAACUCCAGAGACAUGAUUCUGUGGACAUUGUCCACAGUUCCUAUGUGACAUACACACACACACACACUGUACAGGGCAUGCAGGGAACUGAACACACACUCACACACACGCGUAUGAAGUCAUAUCCUCUCCUUACUGUUAUACCUGACUGAAUAUUCAGUGUAAAUAACACACACAUUGAACAGUUUACUGGACUGAACAGUGAAAUGUUUGUAAAGUAUUUUUAAUGGCUAUGAUAAGACAAACUAUGUUUGUACAUUUGUGCGAGUGCAAUGAUUGGCUGGCUGCAGAGGGGAGACUGGUACCACACAGGAAGUGACGCUCGGCAGUAUUGAGACAAUGAGGUUAAAGGUCAGUGCUUGCUGCGCCUCACGGGAGUGAGACGAUGCCAUUUCCUGUUGUUCUGUAGCAAACACAUAGAUCCAACAUGAUAACAAACACCUUCCGCCUUCAGUCUAUUGAUGAUCAGGGUUAUUGGUAAUCUACUGAUCAAGUUGUUCUGUUAAAUUAAAUGAGCUCUUUCUAGUAUGAUCAUUUAAAAGCUAAUUAUCAGGCUGCAUUUCCAACCAGCCCAGCAAAUAUCUCAGCUUUAACCAAUUUAACCGAAAAAAAAUCCUACAUAAACACUGCAGUAACCUGUUACUGUCCGCUCUGAUCAAUAACCAAUACUCCUGAUAUUAUUUUGAACCUCGACUUCCUGUGUCAGUGAUGCAAGAUGCUGCUUAUAUGUUUGAAAGUGAUCUUGACCCAGUGUCUCUUAAAGAACUCAUUGUCUCAAUACUUCAGCUGCCCUUACUGUGUGCACGUUUGUAUGUGUAUGUGCGGAUUGAUGGAAGAAUAGAUGAAUGGAUGAUGACGUCUCGAAAGACUGAUGUUCAUGAACAGAGUGAAGUUGUGUCGAACUCCUUUGUAGCUUUGCUUUGCCCUUUUGUUCCUCAUAUCGUACAUUUGAACCCCCCCCCCACCCCCCCCACCCCCACCCCGGCCACACAGGGACUGAACCUGGAGGAGGUCACUGUCGGAGGCUGGUUAUGGGGGUGGGUGAGUCUGAGACUGAAGAUGGAAUCUUUUUUUUUUUUUUUUAAUGUUUUAAUUUAUUUGGUCCGAUAUUAUUUUCACUUUACCAAAUUACCAAAUAACCAAAUAAUCUAAUCAGAUUACAGGUUACAGCACGACACAGAUACCCACAGACAGAACUGGUGGACACAAACAUACACUCUGUCUUAAAAUCAGGCGGCGGCAGCAGGUCGAUGGAGGAUGGGGUUCUGUCGUGAAGUCUCAGAAUCCAGAUUAAAACUUCUUUUAACAUUAGGUGUAAAUGCACAGGCGUGUUAUCACCUGUCACGUGUUCAGACUCAGAUCACGUGUUAAUACUGGGUGAGCGUCAUGUGAAUGGUGACAUCAGCGCAUGUCCUCUUCCUCCCUCUGUAAAUCCCGUCAGCUGUCCUGCUUUCAAGAAAACACAAGGAAUAAUUAUGUUAUCACUGAUUUUAUAUAUAUAUAUAUAUAAAUAUAUUUAAUAGCUGGACUUGCAUUCUAAAUUCUUUCUUUUUGUUCCUCAGGGUGAAAUGAAGCUUUAGACUCUCAUAACCCACACACACACACACACAUCCACCAAGCACAGCAAUAAGAAAUGGGUUCCUUUACAAGCUUUGCUUUGCAGGGUGAUUCAUGACCUAAAAUGUGCACAGGACUCGCUGAGGAAACAUUUUAUAAACGAGACUGUUUCUAUUCUCUUCGUGUUUUUUGGGUCUGUGCUGUAAUCUUAGCAGGCAUUUUUGCACUGAAGCUGUUGGAAGUUUUUUUUUGGUUUUUUUUUUCCCCCCCUUUUUGUAAUAGUUGCUUGUAAAUGCCACUGUAUAUACUUGCAUAUUUUGUAAAGAAAAAUAUUAUAGCGGUUUGUCUGCUUUCAAACUGAAUUGGAGGUGGACGCUGUGACAUGCACCUCUGUCAACACCUGAAGUAAAUAUGUAAUCAGGAAGGAUUUGCAUUGGUUGCUGACUCGGUGAGGUCACAGUUGGAGUACAGUGUGAGGAGCUUGUUGCACCUUCUCUCCACUCAUUCGCAUGGUUAAGGUAGAAAAAUGUUCUGUUAUGUUCUAGCAUAGGCCCCAAUAUAAAUUUAAAUACUGGUCUGAAAGAUUUCAGCUGAGCUGCUCAUAGAUAUCCAAGUCUCCUCUCUGGGUGGAAACUGGUUCUCCGAGUUGGAGGAGUGUACAAGACCUGUGUAAUCCAGUUUGGAAUAGAAGCUGGACCAGUUCAGACACAUAGAUACAGCAGCAUAAUGUUGAUUGCAACAGUUCUAACAGAAGCCACGCUGCUCUCACUUUCUCUUUUUUUGAAGCGAUGUUAAGUCACCAUCAAUGCAACUUACUUCCUGAAGAAUUUUCACAAUUAAAGUCUAUUAAAGACAGGGAGGAAGUGUGCAUUCUUUUUUUCUUUUUUGCAGGAGCUGUUGAGUGUUGUUAGCUUAACAGCAGUUGAAAGGACAGCAGAGUAGAAAACAGCACGUCUGUUUAAAAACAGAAACUCUGAGCAGGUCAGUCAGACAGAUUUUGUCUCCAUGAUAGCAUCAAAACAUACAAAACGUCUUUUGUGUUACUUCCCACUACAGUAGGUGUCUCCACAUCUUUGUCAAGUCACACACACACACACAUAGGUGAAAACAACACCAGCCACAUUGUCAUGGCUGCUAAACAUGGAGGAAGUGUUGACUUUCCAUUCAAACAGCUAAGCUAAGCUAAGCUAACAACAGGAGCAGAUCAGAGAAGACUUUUCUUAUAAAAAAAAAAAAACACAACCCUGUCUCCAAGAAAUGAGGUUUACAGUACGUGCUACUAAUUAACAAAGGGAAGGACUUUGACUCCAGAGACCCGGGUUCACAUCCUGAGUUCUGUGGGUGUGAUUAGGUUCAGGCAACAAAAGGACUUUGGUUAAGGUCAGGGGGAAAGAGUUAAUGAACACAUCCUCGAGUCUAAACAUUUGAAAAAUAUGCUAAAAUACUUCAAGGGGAAAUGUUGGACUGUUUAGUUUCUGUACAUUAAUAUAUAACAUGUCAUGUGAUCUCAAUCUCAAAGUCACUUGAUCAGAACGUUUCCUCAUGUAACAACAAAAAUCACAUUUUUUUUAACCCGUUGUGGUUUUCCAUAACAGCGCCACUGCUCGGACACUAACGACUGUUUUCCGUUUCUUGCCUUCCACACAAGUGGAGAGAGGGUUCAUGUUGACUUCCAAAGGAAUCCUCGCUUUUACCUUUGUUGUCGCUCUCAGUGAGACGGCCGAGCUGACUGAGAUGUUGUUUUCCUGAAUUUGCUGUUUUUUAUUUUGUGUGCUGUAAUAAAAGUUUAUUGGAAGCAGA